UCAUUUCUUUUUCUAUCUUAUGCUUAUGGGUGUAGAUCUGCGCGAGCGAGACAGUGAGCGGAAGCAAAUUGGUUGGUUUUCUCAGAAGCCAAACACUCUUUCUGGGGUUAGAAAAUGGAUAGAAGAUGGUACAGUGGUAGACAGGAAACAAGCUCUCGUGAUAAUAGGCAACGUGAAAGGGAGGAGGCAUAUAAGGAUUCACUUGUUGAGGAUUUGGCGGAGGAUUUUCGUUUGCCUAUCAAUCAUAAGCCAACAGAAAAUGUUGAUCUGGAUAAUGUGGAGCAAGCAUCAUUGGACACACAAUUGACAUCAUCUAAUAUUGGGUUUAGGCUUCUUCAAAAAAUGGGUUGGAAAGGAAAGGGUCUUGGGAAGGAUGAGCAAGGAAUUAUUGAGCCAAUAAAGUCUGGAAUUAGAGAUCCAAGAUUAGGGGUUGGAAAACAAGAGGAAGAUGAUUUUUUCACUGCAGAGGAAAAUAUUCAGCGAAAAAAGCUUGAUGUCGAGCUAGAGGAGACAGAGGAACAUGCAAAGAAGCGGGAGGUGGUAGCAGAACGUGAGCAGAAAAUUCAGACAGAGGUGAAAGAAAUACGAAAGGUGUUCUAUUGUGAGCUCUGCAACAAGCAAUACAAACUGGCUAUGGAAUUUGAAGUUCACUUGAGCUCAUAUGAUCACAACCACAGAAAGAGGUUUAAGGAAAUGAGAGAAAUGCACGGUACUAGCAGUCGUGAUGAUCGGCAAAAACGAGAACAACAACGUCAAGAGCGGGAGAUGGCUAAGUUUGCUCUGAUGGCGGAUGCUCGAAAGCAGCAGCAGCAGCAGGAAGAGGAAUCUGGAAACACUGCAGUUUCCACCACACUGAGAAGUGCUACCCCACUUGCUGAUCAAGAGCAGCGGAAAGCAUUAAAGUUUGGGUUUUCCUCCAAAGGUGGCAUGUCCAAGGCCAAACAGAAUUCAUCAGGCAGUGCAGCAAAGAAGCCAAAAGUUUCUGUUGCUUCAGUUUUCAGCAACGAUAGUGAUGAAGAAUAGUGAUAUAUGACUGGACAUCAGUGCUUAAAUUAUGGUUGAGAACUAUCAUAUCUUUAUCGACUCAGACACUGGAUUCAGGUCCAUCUUGUGUAAUUUAUAAAAUAUAUCACCUGUGCCCUUAGUGUUCACUCAUUUGUUUUGGUUGUGACCAUAUGGAUCCUCCGUGGUAUCAUAAACUUGUACCAGAAACAAAUUUUAUGAGUUAAAGUUAGUGAGAAUAAAUUAUUGCUUAAUUUUCCUUUCA